GUCACAUGAAAAUCAUAAAGUCACGUCUCUCUCUCUCUCUGGCCUCUCGUCAAUCUUGCCUCCGCUGAUUUUCAUUCUUCAUCUUAAGUUUUUGUAACAAUUUUACUUGAUUUUCCCUUUUCGGGUUCCGGGACUGUUUUCUUGAUGAGCUUGAAGUAGAAGUGAUUCUUAGCCACCAGUGAUUUCAUAUUUUAAAUUGUUGCUGUUCAAUUAGGUUAAUUAGAGCAAAAGAAAUCUUGAUGAAAUCCCAUAGUUCUGGGUUCAUAAGUUGAUGUGAAAUAUUACGCGAAGAAAUCGAAUUAUUUUAAAUGGGAAGUAAUUGCAAGACUGUAGUGUGGUUUAGGAGGGAUUUGAGAAUUGAGGAUAAUCCUGCUUUAGCUGCUGCAGCAAGGGAUGGGAGUGUAUUACCAGUAUUCAUUUGGUGCCCAAAAGAAGAAGGUCAAUAUUACCCCGGUCGAGUUUCCCGGUGGUGGCUGAAGCAGUCUCUCAUACAUUUGAAGCAGUCUUUGAAAUCUCUUGGGGCUGAUAUGGUAUUGAUUGAAGCACAGAACACUCUUUCUGCUCUUUUGGAUUGCAUCACUGCUGUUGGGGCAACAAAAUUAGUAUAUAACCAUCUUUAUGAUCCUGUUUCACUUGUUCGUGAUCACAAUAUUAAACAAAAGUUGGGUGAGCUUGGCAUUACUGUGCAAAGCUAUAAUGGAGACUUAUUGAACGAGCCUUGGGAAGUAUAUGAUGACAAUGGACAUGCUUUUACUAGGUUUGAUGCAUAUUGGCAAAAGUGCUUAUUCAUGCAAAGACAACCUGUUUCGCAUCUUCCUCCAUGGCAUUUGGUGCGAGCUGAAGGAAUUACUGAAAAGUGUUCGAUCGAGAAAUUAGGUCUUGAAGAUGAAUCAGAAAAGUCUAGUAAUGCCUUAUUGGGAAGAGGAUGGUCACCUGGUUGGAGCAAUGCUGAUAAGGCUCUAACAGAUUUUGUAGAGCAUCAUCUGCUAGACUACUCAAAGGAUAGACUCAAGGUUGGUGGGAACUAUACAUCCCUCUUGUCCCCUUAUCUUCAUUUUGGGGAACUCAGUGUUCGAAAAGUUUUCCAAUUGGUGCGUACAAAGCAAAUACUUUGGAAAAAUGAACAAAACUCUGUUGGAGAAGAGAGUGCAACUCUUUUCCUUAAGGCUAUUGGGCUUAGGGAGUAUUCCCGCUACAUCUGUUUUAACUUCCCGUUUACUCAUGAAAGAUCGUUGCUGAGCAACCUGAAAUUUUUCCCUUGGCAUGCUAAUAUGGCGCAUUUUAAGGCUUGGCGACAGGGCCGAACUGGUUAUCCAUUGGUUGAUGCUGGAAUGAGAGAGCUUUGGGCCACUGGGUGGAUUCAUAAUAAGAUUAGAGUAAUUGUUUCGAGUUUCUUUGUAAAGUUUCUCAUUCUUCCAUGGCAAUGGGGAAUGAAGUAUUUCUGGGACACACUUCUGGAUUCAGACUUGGAAAGUGAUAUCCUUGGUUGGCAAUAUAUUUCAGGAAGCUUGCCUGAUGGGCAUCAGCUUGAGCGUAUGGAUAACCCACAGGUUCAGGGAUUCAAUUUUGACCCGGAAGGUGAAUAUGUGAGGCAGUGGUUGCCUGAGCUAGCAAGAAUGCCGGCUGAAUGGAUUCAUCACCCAUGGGAUGCACCUCUUAUCGUGCUUAAAGCUGCAGGAGUGGAGCUAGGAUUUAACUAUCCAAAGCCUAUAAUUGAUAUUGAUCUGGCCCGAGAUCGACUAACAGAAGCCAUAAUGGUCAUGAGACAAAAGGAAGCAACUGCAAAGUUAGCGAAUGCCAGUGGAACAGAUGAAGUUGUCGAUGAUAACUCAGACACUUACGAAAUUGAGGCCAUUCCAAAGGUAGUGUUGAAGGAAAAGAUUCCUUGUCCUACAAGCUCGUCCUAUGAUCAAAAGGUACCAUCAAUGCAACUAGUCAAGAAUAGUCUACUGAAUAAAAAGAGACCAAAGCCCACAGAAGAUGAGAAGCAGCUAAAAAAUGACUUGCAUAGUUGCGACAAGGGAGAUUCUAAACCAAAUGACGACUUGUGCUCUACUGCAGAAUCUUCUUCUACAAAGAAGCAGACAACUUGCAGUAGAAAUUCUUUUUCUGUUCCCGAAACCUUGUCUUCAAUUUCAAAGGACAAUUAUAAACAGGGCCAAGACUCUUAUCACCCCAAGCAUGGAAUUUAUGAUGAGAUUGACCUGUGAGAGACGUCAAGCAAACACGGAGCCACAUGACUGCAGAUUCCUCCAGAACCUUUUCUGGUGAGAUCAAGUAAUAUAUAAAUGCUGCAGACAGUAUGUCUUAGUCACUUGUAAAAUAAGUACUCGAUAUUUAAAUAAAUAUUAUUCUGUUUGUUUUCUUUGUUAGCUUGAUCUUAUAAUAGUCUUGGCAGUACAUUUAUGUACGUUGAAUAGUUUUAUGUGAAUAAAAAUAAGCCUGUUACUCAUAAUUCCCUAGGAAAUUCAUUGUAUCAAAGCACUAGUUUCUUCA